AAUGAAAGAUUGGGUGUGGUGGAUCAGCAUGAUAUCAAACACUACCACAAACACGAUUGGAGUCACUGCUAAUGCUUUUUUGCUUUUCGUAAUAUUGGAGAAGACUCCACAACAGCUGGCCACUUACUCAGUUAUUUUUCUCAACACUGCAUUCUGCGAUUUAUUCGCCUGCUCUACUGCUCUUCUAGUGCGACAGAGAGUCAUACCUACCGGUGCGGGGAUAUACUUCAUUUCUUAUGGUCCAUGUACACUUUUCGGACCGUCGGUGUGCUACUUCAUAUAUGCUGUCAUGUUACACUUAUUCUCUCAUGCGAUAUGGGGCAUUUUGUUUUCGUUCGCUUACCGUUAUUAUAUCAUUAGCCAUGCUCCUCCGAAACGAAGCAGUAUCGCAGUUUUUCUUGUUUUAAUGUAUUUGCCAUCAUUCAUUCAGCUCGUUUUCUUUUCACUUUCCUCCAACAGUAGCGAAAUGAUUAAAGAAGAGAUUGAAGAAAAAACUGGAUAUAAUGUCAGCUCGGAAUGUGUUAGCGGACACAUAAUGGAUUGGAAAAUGAACUGUGUUUCUGCUCAAAUGAUGCUAUCGACCCCUAUAGUCUUCGUUAGUGUUCUUAUACUCAGAAAACGAACCAUUUCAGCUUUGAAUUUUGGUGUAGUCAAUGUACUCACAAUCCAGGCUUGCUUGCCCAUGUUUUACGUCAUUGGUGCUAUCUGCCAUGUACUUGGGCAAUCGGACAUCUAUCGUCAUCCCCUUGUAGAAAGUUCCUUUAUUUUUGUUGCUGAACCUGUACCAGCCUUGAAUCCUUUCAUCUUGCUGUAUUCCAUCGGCCCUUAUCGUUUAUGGGUGCAGGGUGCGCUCCGGAACAUAUACAGUUCUUUAUUUUCGCGACCGAAAAAAAAACAAAUGCUGUGGCAGCUAUUAUGA